CAUUAAAUAAAUAAAUUAAAUAUAUUAUAAAGUGACUUAAUUUAUAUUUAUUUAAAAGAAAAUAAUAAAAUAUGUCGAAUAGAUUCGACGGUUUUAGUCAGGAUGAAAUUAAGAAGGUUUCCGGAGGCAGCACCACCACCAGCACCAGAAGUAAUCAAGGCCAACAAACAGUGGAUGCAAUAAAACCAGCGUUUCGUGGCCAUCAUGGCGGCAUUCGACGUAUGCCAGAGAAGUGGUCCAGAUCAGCUGAAUCUCAUAGAAAAGAAAUUAAAAGCGCGCAAUCGGCUAAAUCAACACCGUCGGUAGAACUAACGGAUAGCACAAGUAGUCGCAAGACUGAAAAAGAAAAUGAUGUAUUGGAGAAUAUUAAUCUUGAUGGCAGUAUGUCGAAAUCCAUAGAGGAGGCUCUUUUCUUUCAGCCGAUGAGCAAGCCAAAUUUGAAAACGAAUGGUUCGGGUCCGAAUAACUCGGACUUAGAUCAAUCUUCAAUACUCAAGCUACCCGUCGGAGAUAACAAUGUAUCUUCCACAUCUGUAAAUGAUGCAGACGACUCCUCAAUACUGCCAACAAUACAGAAGACAAAACCUUCUACGCCUUCAUCAGAUAUAUUAAACACAGACUCUCCGUUCAAAGGUAUGUCGUUGCGAGAAUUCGAAACGCAGCGCAAAUUGAUCGAGGAGCAAAAUAAACAGAAGAAAGAACUUCUUCAUAAAGCUAUAGAAUUACAUUCACAAAAAACAGCAGCGGAGGCUAGAAAAAUCGCAGAAAUCAAACACGAACUUGCCAAAUUAGAUAACGAUUUAGCGCUGGACGUUUCAAUACUUCGCAAGCAAAUAGAUAAUGCUUGCAUCUAUUUUUCCCAAAUAGAAAAACAGUACAUAAAAAUUGAGGCGCAAUUUUUAAAAGCGAAAAUAGAUUUGCAUAACGCCGCAGAGAAAAAGGAGUUGCUCACUGAACAUUUGUGCACGGUGAUUGCGCACAACGAAGAUCGCAAAGCACAAAAGCUUACAGAACUUAUGCAAAAAGUGGGUCUAACAGAAACGGAUGAUCUGGAAUAUGGCACUCCAGGCACAGCAAAUGGUGAUAACCAAUAGUAAAUGCAAUAAAGCUUUAAGCAAGAUAUUUUUCUAAAUACUUUAUCUGGAAAACUAACUUAUAUUUUUUAUAAUUAUAAUAUUUCUAAAUGUAUAAAAAAAAUUCCCCAAACUGUAAACUUAAAUUUAAUUAAUGUAAAUUCAUUUUUUCGUACACUAAGAGCUCUAUUUAUUUUAUAUUCGUAUGUAUUUAAGUCUACAAUCGCGUAUAUUGCUAUAGCGAUUUACGUUGAACAAGAUGCUUGAUGUAAUUGUUAAUAUGUACGUAUAAACUUAAUAUUGUUAUAUACCUUAUCAAAGUUGCAUGUAAUUUAUACAUUGGUAUCUUAAACAAUAUUCGAAUAAUAAUAACUAAGAAAACUGAAUAAAUCAUCUUACUAUUUUCUGAACUCCCA